AUGGAGCUGGUCCAGCUUUUUCUUGUUUCCAAGCUGAUGAACCACGUUGAUACAUCGAGUUGUUUAGGCGUCUACUCAGCUCUGCAUAAAAUCUUCCAAUUCAAAAAUCUCGAUCUCAGCGCGCUGCGAAAGCACAAAACUAUCGAAUACAACUCCCACCAAAUCCAGCAAGCGAUGAUUGAUCAGCUUCACAGAGACCAGGAGGCGGUGACGGCGACGUUUUUCAACGACAGAAACACAGGAGAAGCGAGUUAUUUGGCCCCGGAAAAGUACGACUGCGCGGAGCACUUCAUGGAUGCCAUCGACUCAGACGAGGAAAUCGUUGUUGAUAAUGACCCCGUUUAUACUUGUGAUAAAGAGGCGAUCGGCCCUUAUUGCAGCGAGCAGUUUAAUAGUGAGCGAGAGCUGGAGCUCCAUCUCAAGCUCUGGCACAGUAAUUAUGUGACGUCUGAUUGUAAACACUGCCUUAGAAGAUUUGAAAACCAAACUAUUCUCAAACAGCAUGUAAAAUCUUGUAAUCGAGUUCUUCCGACGAGGCUCUUUGAAAAUGAAUCUGAGGAUUCUUCUCCUAAGCCCAAACGCGUUCGCCGUUCCACAUUGAGACAGUCCGUUUCGGAGCGCUCAAGCUCAUCGAUAAAAUUGGAGCCGCCAGAAAAUUUCAAAAAUGAAGGUCCGAUGGUGCUUAAUUUGCCUCCUCUUCCAAGCUCGCCCGAAAAGAAACCAGCCGUUUCAAUGAGCAUGAGCAAUUCUUUGAACACACCAACUACGAGUAGUGCUGCUCUAGCGUUGAUAAAAGCCCCAUUACCGGCAAAGGUGUCAAAGAAAUGUGAAUACGAUGGGCCGUACUGUAAGGAGUUUGGGACAAUGCCUGAGCUUGAGAAUCACAAACUACUGUGGCAUAGCAACUAUGUUCCGACAGUUUGCGAGCGCUGUUUUCAGAGGUUUAAAAAUAUUGGUGAACUAAAAGAUCACAAAGUUGUCUGUCCAGGGCAUCCACCCGGAUAUGAUUCCCCGCAGCCUACAGAAAUAAUUCCAAGAAGAACGAGACGCAUAACUCUGACGGAGGCUGAGAUAAACGAAGCCGAAGCGGAAAACAGCGAUGAAAUCAUAGAAAUAAACUGCCCCUCUACGACGAUGAGUGACUUUAGCAUUCCGGUCUCAGUCAUCAAGCAGAAUGGAUCAAUGUUUUCGGCGAACUCGGUAGGAGCGACAAACAGUCGCCAACCGACAAAUGCCGAAAACAUUGCGCUUCAGCAUUCGUACGACUGUUCGUGUGAAACAUGUCGAACUUGUAGUAUUUGCAAUGACACCUUCAAAAAUAAAACUGGGCUAGCAAUUCAUAACAAGAAGCGUCACGAUCUUAAUAGAAACUCAACGCAGCAGAUAAAGAUAGAGCCCAAAAGUGGCAUGCACCGAACGUUGAACGAAACAUGCAGUGGAGUUAACCCGAACUGCACAUGUGCAAAAUGCUGCCAGUGUCACAUUUGCGGCCAAAUGACCGUUUCGAAGAUAAUGCGCGUGGUUCACAUGCAAAACGAGCACGGAAUCGGAGGCCUUGAAACUGGGCAUCAAAUGCUCUGCCGCUGCGAUUCGUGCACAAACUGCCCAAUCUGCGGCGCAGUUUCUUCCUCCCAGCACGGGCUCAAAAUCCACCUGGCGCAGCGUCACAAUCUGAAAAUGGUCCGGAACGCAUAUACGUCAAAAGCGCGAUAUAUCUUCAAAUCUUAA